AUGUUCCAACUGAUACCCCUGUUCGUGGCGAGCGCGCUCAUGGCGGCCUGCCAGCCAGACGGGAACCAUACAGCGACCUGCGCACAGAAUAAGUGCGAGACGGUCGGGGCCACCGAGAUUUGCACCCAGUGCAGGGCCGGGGGCGUCCCGGUCGACGGCUUCUGCUGGCCCCCCGGCUCCCCCCAGGCCGCGGCAGCCGGGUGCACCGAGGAAGACGGGGCUACCCUCGACAAGACGGCAACCACCUGCGGGAAGUGCGGCGACGGGUACUUCCUCUUCAUGGGAGGGUGCUACAAGGUAGGACAAGAUCCUGGCAGUGAGAUAUGUACAAAGGCCAGUGAUGGAGUGUGUACUACUUGUAAGACAGAUAACGGCCUGUUCAAGAACCCGGCUACAGCACCGAAGCCUGGUAGUGAGUGCAUCCUGUGCUCUGAUAUCAAGGGAGCAGAUGGAUAUACGGGAGUAGAGAACUGCGCACAGUGUACCAAGUCAGACAGUAACAAGGGGGCUGCCACGUGUACAGAAUGCCAAGAUGGAUAUUAUAAAGAUGCUAAAGGCGCAUGUGUACAAUGCCAGGGGAACUGCGCCACUUGUGAGACAUCGGCGACCCAGUGUACCUCUUGUAAAGCGGGCUUCUAUCUGAAGGACGGCAAUAGCUGUGUGGCAGAAGGAGAAUGCACAAACACCGUUUAUCCUGACCCAGAGUCGGGGAAGUGCAAGGCAUGUAGUACAAUAACUGAUUGCACAGAAUGCUCCUUCGACAAGGCCACGGGGAAGCCUCAGUGCACAGCCUGCGGUAGUCAGAAGACCCCCAGGACGACCCUUGAUGGGACCUCGACCUGCGUCGAUAAAACGCUUGACGGGUGCAAGGGCGCUGACGGGGCCUUAUUUAUGAAGGACGAUACCACAUGCGCCCUUUGCGGCGAUGCGUCCCCUGGCGCUGGCGCAAACGAUAAGGGGAUUGCCGGGUGUAAGACAUGUACUAAGCAGCAAAGUCAGAAACCAGAAUGCACAAGUUGUUUGGAUGGAUACUUCUUUGAACAGUCAUCAAAGACUUGUUCGGCUUGUGCCUCCAACUGUGCCACCUGCACGUCAGCUGAUGUGUCAACUUGUACUGAGUGCCUUCCUGGGUACUUCCUAAAAACCGAGGGUGAAACGAAGUGUGCUGCAUGCGACAGUACACCAGAUGGUGGCCGCGAAGGGUGCAGUCUAUGUUCUAGCAACGGUGGAUUUAAGUGCACUGAAUGUAAGCCUAACUAUAAGAAGCAGUCCAAUGGAGGAGCAGGGGAUGACUAUACGUGUACAAAGACCUGUGAAGAUGAGACUGCAUGCGGGGGGACAGCAGGGGCCUGCGACGCCAUCGUGGUCGGCAACGACGGCAGCAUGCUCUCUUACUGUUCAAAGUGUGUUGGCGCCGGCUAUGGCCCUAUUAAUGGGAAGUGCACCAAUGCACUUGCAGGUAAUACCUGCGCCGAUGGCGUAUGUACGCGGUGCACCAACAACUACUUCCUCUAUAUGGGUGGUUGCUAUGAUGUGUCGAAGGCUCCUGGCAACCUCAUGUGCUCUGCGGCUCCAAGUGGGUUCUGCACCACACCGGUCGGGCGCUACUUCAAGAUUCCUGGGGACUCUGCUGCUCAGCAGUCCGUGCUUGCCUGUGGCAACCCUGUGGGAGCGACCGCGGGCGACAAGGCGUACGUCGGCGUGCUAGACUGCACGGCGUGCGCGGCCCCGCAGGCGCCAGCCGCCAAUGCGAUGGCCGCGGCGGUCUGUAGUGCGUGCGACAAGACGAAGAAGCCCAACAAGGAUGGCAGCGGGUGCACCCUGUGUGCGGUCGGCGGGUGCAAGAGCUGCGCCAUCGACGGGAUGUGCGAGGUGUGUGCUGAGGACAAUAAGAAGCCCAACAUGGCUGGAAGCACCUGCUAUGUGUGUCCGGCCCAGGGCUGCUCUCACUGCAGCGCAGACAACAAGUGUGAGGCAUGUACCAAUAAAGACCAGAGACCCAGCCUGGACGGCACCCAGUGCAUUGUCUGUGACAUAGAGAGGUGCAUGCGGUGCAGCGCAGAGGGCGUCUGCGGGGAGUGCGAGGAGGGCUAUGUCCCGAGGGAUGGCAUGUGUGUGUCCUCUGGCACCAACAGGAGCGGGCUCUCCACGGGGGCCAUCGCGGGGAUCUCCGUCGCUGUGGUCGUCGUCGUGGGGGGCCUCGUGGGCUUCCUCUGCUGGUGGUUCAUAUGUAGAGGGAAGGCAUGA